UAUUUGGUGUAUGGUAGAAAACAAUGUCCACAUCUUCAGCACGAGCUUCUCAAAGUUCAAAGGGAACCAAAAGAAAAUGGAAUCAUCAUGAAGAUGUUGCACUUAUUACAGCUUUGAUUGAUUUGCACAAUAUAGGAAAAUAUAAUGCUGACACUGGGUUUAGAGGGGGUUAUUUAAUAGAACUUGAAAAUAUGCUUGCAACAAAAUUACCAGAUGCAAACUUGAAGGCGAAGCCCCACAUAGAGUCUAGAAUAAAGACUUUGAAAAAAGAAUGGGCUAUUAUAUAUGAUAUGGUGCAAGGGACACAUACUAGUGGAUUUGGGUGGGAUGAUCAAAGGAAUAUGGUUGUUGCUGAUGAUCCAGUAUGGGAAGCUUACAUACAGAGUCAUAAGGAGGCUGCCCCUUUUAGAAGAAAGAGUUUUCCCUUCUUCAAUGAGCUAAGUAUAAUUUAUGCAAGAGAUCGUGCAACAGGGAAAGAUGCACAAACUGCAGCAGAUAUCCUUGAAGAAAUGCAGGACUGUAAUGAUACAAUCAAUGAGGAAAUUGAAGGUGAAAACCUAGCUGGAUAUAAUUUUGAGGAUGAGGAUUUUUCCAAUAUUCAACCUCAAACUUCAGCUCCCAGAAGUGACACAACUUCAACAAGGAAGAGGAAAAGGCUAAAUGAGACGGGUGAUCCCAUCACAUCUGAAUCAAUUAUUGCUGCUGCAACGAUAUUGGGUGAAAACAUAAAAGAGGCUGGAAUUGAGUUUAGCAGAAGUGUUGGGGCAGAGGUGAACAUCCAACAAAAAGCUCAAGAGUUGGAUGGGAUUUUAAGUCAAGUAGAGGGAUUGACAGCGAUGGAAAGGGUUUUAGCUUCAAUUAAACUUCCAGAAUCUCCAACUCUUAUGUUUGUGUUUUUUAGUAUUGAUCCUGAUCGAAGACUUGAAUGGCUGAGGACAUUUCUUGCUGACCGUUGAGCUUGGAUGAAUCUAAAACUUUUUGUAAAGGUAAGUUCCAGAGAUUGUAACUUUUGGGCACUUGUGCUUGAUGUUGAUACUAAUUAUGAAGUUCAUUAACAAGUCUAAACCCUUUUGAAUUGACAGUAAUGCUAGUG